CUGCGCAGACACACGCACGACUCGUACCGCUCCGUACGCAAAUAAACCUAGUAAACAACGUCGGGUGCGUUCCACAAUAAAAUGACUCGCGAUAUGACACAAAUACAGUUUUUAAAUAGCGUCUGAAGCGACAGUUUUGACUACUUCGCUCGAGAAGAAGUUACAAACUUUAAGAUGAAUGAAUCAGUGGCGAAUAAUACUUGGGAGUGGUGUAAGGAUGUGAUGAAGUCGUGGUUGGAGGACCCAGGAGUUGAAGAGUUCGAGGGUCUGAACAUGACCGCUUUGCAGAUGGAUGAGGCUUACGUGGUGGGGGACGUGGACAGGAAUGUGGCAGUCUACACGGUGUCUGACGACUGCUUUCGGUGUCCAUUCGAGCGCCACAAGACCUUGACAGCGGGAUCCGAAGAGUCCUGGGUCACCAACACAGCUCGGCGAGUCACUUGGAGAAUAUACACCAGCGGAGAAGAACAGUAUAUCAGCGUCAGAAAUACUUCGGGCAUGUUAUGCCAGUUGCGACCGGACCUCGGCGAGUUCGGCGUUUAUAGACUGAAUGUGAGUGAGGGGGCCUGCGGGAUCACGACUGCUAAGGAGCCGGUCGAUAUAUACAAGCCAUUACUUCUCCUACUUGGCGUGCUGCUGGGCGUGUGGGUGGUGUACGGCAUCAUCAGGUUCAUCCUGUCGCGAGUGCACAAGACCGGGAAACUGCGCUACGGGGACAAGGAGCUGGCCAUACAACAGCGGUUGAGAGCACUGGACACUUUUAGAGGGAUCGCAAUAGUUUUCAUGAUCUUCGUGAACGACGGCGCUGGCGGUUAUUGGUGGUUAGAGCACGCUACGUGGAACGGCCUGGUGGCUGGUGACCUGGUCUUCCCGGCGUUUCUCUGGAUCAUGGGCGUCUGCAUACCAUUGUCUGUGAAGAGUGCUUUUGCCAAAGGAGUGCCGAGGUGGAAGAUCGUCUUACACAUUGUCAGGCGUUCAUUCCUGAUGUUCCUCCUGGGCAUGUCCCUGAACACGAUCUACGGCUCCAACAUGCUGCAGGAGCUGCGUAUAUUUGGGGUGCUGCAGCGGUUGGCGGUGGCUUACCUCAUCGCUGCCGGGUUCUACGCCCUUACUGCGCCCAAGUACUACACACCACCAAGGGGUGCGUGCGGUCAAGCCCUGAAAGAUGUUCUAUCUUGUGUGUGGUGCUGGGUGCUGGCAGCCGCCCUCGUAGCUGUCCACAGCGCCCUCACCUUCACCAUUCACCACCCGGACUGCCCUUCUGGAUACCUCGGGCCUGGUGGCAAGCAUGACGACUGGGUCGCCGUCAACUGCAGCGGGGGAGCGGCCGGCUUCAUCGACCGUCUUCUGUUAGGAGACCUGCAUGUCUUUCAGCAUAGCGACGCCAGGAGAGUGUACGGGGGACUGCCUACUGAUCCAGAAGGAAUAUUAGGUUGUCUAACAUCGGCGGUGCAGGCUUUACUGGGCGUGCAAGCUGGGGCAACCGUGCUGCUGCAGCGGUCUCACAAGGCGCGCAUCUCCCGCUGGUUGGCCUGGGGCCUGGUGUUCGCCCUGGCCGGGGCUUUACUGGCGGGCUUCUCCAGGGAACAUGGCGUGGUGCCCAUUAACAAGAACUUGUGGUCCAUGUCCUUCGUGCUGGUGACAUCGGCCUGCUGUUUGGUACUCCUCAGCAUCUGCUACACGUUCACGGAUGCCUGGCGCAUCUGGGGCGGCGGCCCCUUCAGGGCUCCGGGACUGAACGCCAUAGCCCUCUAUAUAGGGCACUCUGUUUGCGCGCAUUUGUUCCCAUUCCACUGGAGAAUUCCCAUAAUGAGGACCCAUGCCAUAAGAUUAGUUGAGGCGGUCUGGGGCACCGCUUUGUGGGUCAUCAUAGCUCAUGUUAUGGCCAAAAAGAAGGUUUUCAUUACUUUGUAAAAAGGGAAAACUAUUUUGUGUGCCUGAAAAUGUGUGCGAUUUAAUGCUCCCGUAUACUAUUUCCAAAAUGUGUACACAAUUUGGAAGUUUUAAGAAAAUAUUGUCGUAUGUUAGGUACUUGUGGAGUGCUGUAAAUAAUUUUCUUCUAUUUGAUUGAUUUUUUUUUUUUUGCUGCUUGCCAUAAUUCUAUCAUGAAAGUUUAUACUCCGAACAAUGUAAAUAUGGACUGUCUAAGUGUGAAAUUAGAAGUUAAGUGAGACUGAAUCCUAGAUUAUAUUUAAGUACGAAAUUUAACUCAUCACUCUUUUUCUGCAAAAAAUAUAUGAAUAGUCGAAAUAAAUACUACACUUUAUUAUAAUUUAAUAGCGCUUGACGUAAUUGACGCACAGUCGACGCAAUGGCGACGCACAUAUGACGCUAUAAGUAAAAAUUUAGUGUUAAAAGUCCAUUACAUCACGAUUGUUAAAUAUAAGUUAAUUUCUUAAUGAUUGUGACGUUGGCAAAGUAAUAUAAGUUACUUAUUCCAGAUUGGUGUUUAAAUUUCUUUUGGUACCCUUGAGAUAAUGAAACAACUGGUUUUCUAUAUUUGACACUUUAUUAGCUCAAGGAUGACAGUAAAAUCCACAAUGUCAUUGGAAAAUAAAAAUAAAACAAACGAUUCAACAAAUCAUGACUCAAGGUAACAGUGCAUAGUUUUAACAAAUAAAACUAUUAAUAAAAUUACACUUUCAAUGAAUAACAAAAUUAUACGGACGCAGUUCUCGUUUCGGGACCAAUGCGUCUCCCAAGUGUGAUCCAUUCGAUAAUUAUAAAACUGCGUAGAUAUAAAAAUUACCAAUUCCACUUAAUUUAUUUUUUAAAUUAUAAUGUAGGAUGUAAUCGAAUAUCUAAUUGAGCCUUUAUAAAGGCUCAAGGCUUCUACGAUAGAUAGAUCACACUUGAGUCAACACAAAAGUUGGAGCUUGCUGUAACACGAACGUGCGUAGUGUACGUUUGGCGUGUUUUUACUUCGCCCUCAUGUUAAUUUUGAGCCACUCGGCCAUAUUAAUUAUACAGAGAACGUUAUUCUCCAUAAGUUAAAAUAUCAACUACUUUAAUUUAAAUAAGUCGUUUUUUUUGUAGACGGUAAAUGCCAUAAUAGGAAUAAAAUAUUUUACACGUUAAAUAGUUACUCUUUUUGUUUAAUACAGAUAUAACGUCUCUAUGAAGUAAAGGAUACUUUUCGAUAUCGUCAUUCACUAUUCUACAAUCGAUACUUAUUCAUAUUGGUAAAAUCAGUAGCUGACAGGCAGGCACACAUUGCAGUUUCAAUAAUAAACUUGUAUAUGUAGGUACUAACAACGCUUAACUAGAUAUCUAACCGCAGACUUCAAGUCGAAAUCGCGGAUCUAAUUUGUAUAGCGAAAAGACUUGUAAAACACUGUUUAAUAUAUAUCUAAAAUUUCAUUAGAAAAAUCUCUUAAAAUAUAUCUCAAUUUCUUUAUAAUAACCCCUGGUGAGACGGGUGAUAAACGAUUUAUUAUACAUUUCAGCGCGAUAUAAAUAGAACAUUUCCUUACGAUUCUAAUUAGGAAGAACUUUAAAAUUCAAAAGAGAACAUAGUAAUUGCACACAUAGUAUAAUACAAAAUUAAUAUAACACAGUAUAAUUCAAUCGACGGAAUUCGUUGAUUUCGUUUAUUACCGAAAAGAUUAAUUUUCUACCCCAGAAAAUAAAAUUAAAAUCGUUUGUGAAAGUAAAAUAAAUGGAAUGAUAAAUUGUAUUACACUGUAUUAUACAAGAAGACCCACGCUAGUCACGCAUAAGACUAACAGACAACUUGGCUACAUAUAAAUAAUGCUAAUAUGCUAGCAAUUUAUAACAUCUCAUAAAAUUUUAAAUGUUACAUAGUUGAGCGAACGAAUAAAUUAUUUUUAAGGUCUGAACAAUUUUGAUUAAAUAUGUUAAAAAUUAAUAUUCAUUGGUCGAUAACAGUGAAUAAAACCCAGUCUGUAAGCAUGAGGAUAUGAAGAAAUAUUCGCCCGCUCAAGUUGCGGCCUUACAUAUAAAUUAUGAUAAAACAGAUUUGUACAGGGAAGUUGAAUAAUUUAAGAUUAGAGUAAUAAGUACACGAGCUCACUUUAAGUCACUCAUAUUACUACACAAGAGAAUUAAUGGAAUGUUUAGUGUUAAAAUAACGUUAGUCGAUAAUUACGCAUCCGUAAAUUGCGCUGUCAUACAAGCUCAGAAUUAGGUCAUUUAUUGGCAAGACCGGGAUAACGUUACGUGCUUUUUUUGUUAUAACCAUAUAAUAAUUAAUAGCAUUAAAUAUACUAUUACACAAUGCAGUUUUUCUAUUGUCCCGGAACAAUUAAAAGAUAUAAAAUACGUAGCGCUCUGACGUUUCGCCAGUUUUUUUUUGUUACGGGUGGCGUGUGGGUUUU